GUCUGGACUGAGGCAGGGAGUGUCCAGGUCUUUCUCACUGAAGACGUCUAAAUAAACCUCAGGAAAGGGAGCAGUCCAACCGUGUCUGUGAAGAGUAGAAACUAAACAAUGGGGAACGAAAACUCAAACCCAAGAAGUGGAGGAGCCACUGAUCCAAACAGAGAAAGAGGAAAACCCAGCCAUGUGCCUAAGAAGAGUGGUGGGUCAACACCUGUCCCUCCUUCAUCCAACAGAGGGGGUGGACAACCCAGUGAUGGGUCCACACCUAUCUCUCCUUCAUUCACCAGAGGAGGUGGACAACCCAGAGAUGGGUCCACACCUGUCUCCCCUUCUUUCAGCAGAGAAAGAGGAGAACCCAGCCAUGUGCAUAAGAAGAGUGGAGGGUCAACACCUGUCCCUCCGUCAUCCAACAGAGGGGGUGGACAACCUAGUGAUGGGUCCACAUCUAUCUCUCCUUCAUUCAGCAGAGGAGGUGGACAACCCAGAGAUGGGUCCACACCUGUCCCUCCUUCAUUCAGCAGAGGAGGUGGACAACCUAGUGAUGGGUCCACACCUGUCUCUCUUUCAUUCAGCAGAGGAGGUGAACAACCCAGUGAUGGGUCCACAUCUGUCCCUCCUUCAUCCAACAGAGGAGGUGGACAACCCAGAGAUGGGUCCACACCUGUCCCUCCUUCAUUCGGCAGAGGAGGUGGACAACCUAGUGAUAGGUCCACACCUGUCCCUCCUUCAUUCAGCAGAGGAGGUGGAAUACCCAGAGAUGGGUCCACACCUGUCCCUCCCUCAUUCAGCAGAGGAUGUGGACAACCCAGUGAUGAGUCUACAUGUGUCCCUCCUUCAUUCAGCAGAGGAGGAGGAGAACCCAGCUCUGAGUCCAUAAAGAGUGGUGGGUCCACACCUGUCUCUUCUUCAUUCAGCAGAGGAAGAGAAGGGUUCAGCUAUGUGUCUAUGAAGUGUGAUGGUUCCAUGGACAACCUUCCUCAUUACAACAGUGGAGCUGUGCCUUCUGGUCCUAGACACUCUAUGGUGGAAAGAACUGGACACCUACAGCAGGAUUCUCAUCUAGCAGUAGAUGAUGUCUUAGAGAGACACAAAACCAGCAUGAAGAACAAGUGCAAAAACUUAGUUGAGAGAACCAAAACAGAAGUAAAUAAAACGCUCCUGAACAGGAUUUACACUCAGUGCUACAUCAUGGAGGGAGAGAGUGAAGGAGUCAAUGAAGAACAUGAGGUUUUACAGAUGGAGAAAACAUCCAGGAGACACUUAGAAGACUCUCCAAUCAACUGCUUAGAUAUAUUUAAAGCUCUACAUGAUCUAAAAGGAGAAACAGAAGAAAAGAAAAUUCUAGCUGAUGUUGCUAAAAGUUUCAGACCCAAAAAAAUAGACAAAGAAAGAAACGAAGACAAAGAACUAAAAGUGCCAAAGCUCAGAAGUGUGCUGACUAAAGGCUUUGCUGGCAUUGGAAAAACUGUCUCUGUGCAGAAGUUCAUUCUGGCCUGGGCUGAUGGAAAAUCCAAUCAGGAUGUAGAUUUCAUGUUUGUGCUUCCGUUCCGGGAGCUGAACUUGGUUAAAGAUGAUCAAUACAGUCUUCAUAAACUUCUGUGUGACUUCCAUCCUGAGAUCAAAGAUCUGGACCCAAGGAUUUAUAAUCAGACCAAAGCUGUGUUUAUAUUUGAUGGUCUGGAUGAAAGCAGAAUUCCACUGAACUUUAAACAGUGUGAGAAAGUAACUAACAUCACCACGACAUCAUCAGUGGAUGUGUUGAUAAUAAACCUCAUCAAAGGAGAGCUGCUUCCAUCUGCUCUGAUCUGGAUCACCUCCCGACCAGCAGCAGCCAAACAGAUCCCUCCUAAAUACAUCAACCGUGUGACAGAAAUACAGGGAUUCAAUGACCCACAGAAGGAGGAGUACUUCAAGAAGAGGAUCAGUGAUGAAGACCAAGCCCAGAGAAUCAUCUCCCACAUUAAGACAGUGAGGAGCCUCCACAUCAUGUGCCACAUUCCAGUCUUCUGCUGGAUCUCAGCCACUGUUCUUCAGCAAAUCAUGAAACAGCAUAAUACAGAAAUCCCUAAAACUCUGACUGAAAUGUACUCACACUUCCUGCUCACUCAGACCAACAUAAAGAACGAGAAGUAUGAGAAAGAUGAGAGAGACCCAAAGAACCUGCUGGAGUCCAACAGAACCAUUCUUCUUAAACUGGCUGAACUGGCUUUCAAACAGCUGAUGAAGGGCAAUGUGAUGUUCUAUGAAGAGGACCUGAGAGAGAGCAGCAUUGAUGUCACUGAGGCCUCAGUGUAUUCUGGGAUUUUCACUGAGAUCUUUAGGGAGGAAUGUGUGCUUUACCAGAGGAAGGUCUAUUGCUUUGUUCAUCUGAGCUUUCAGGAGUUCCUGGCCGCUGUUUAUGUGUUCCACUGCUAUGAAAAUAAGAAAAUGAAGGUACUGCACAUUUUUACAUCACUAAACAGAGAGUGGUCUGAGAAUGUUCCACUGGAUGAGAUUUUGAAGAGAGCAGUGGAUAAGGCUGUAGAGAGUCAGAAUGGACACCUGGAUCUUUUACUCCGUUUCCUGCUGGGCAUCUCAUUGGAAUCCAAUCAGAGACUCCUACAGGGCUUACUGACACCAACACAGAGCAGCUCAGAGAAAACCACAGAGUACAUCAAGAGCUUAAUCAAAGGAGAUUAUCACAUUUCCUCUGAGAGAUCCAUGAAUCUUUUUCUCUGUCUGUCUGAGAUGAAUGACCAGUCUCUCUCCAGAGAGCUUCAGGAGUAUCUAAAAUCAGAGAGACACUCAGAGGAGAAGCUCUCUCCUGGACAGUGUUCAGCACUAGCCUGCAUGCUUCUGAUCUCGGAAGAGGUGCUGGAUGAACUGGACCUAAGGAAAUACAACACAUCAGAGGAGGGUUAUAAGAGACUGAUCCCAGCUCUGACUGUCUGCAGAAAAGCUGUACUGUCUGGCUGUAAUCUCACCAAGAACUCAUGUGAAGCCUUCAGCUCUGCUGUACAAUCAGCAAACUCUUCUCUGAAUGAUCUGGACCUCAGUAACAAUGACCUGCAGGAUUCAGGAGUGGAGCUGCUCUUUGCUGGAUUGAAGAGUUCAAGCAGUAAACUGAAGAUACUCAGACUUGCUCUCUGUAAACUUGGGGAAAAGGCUUGUGAAAAUCUGGCAUUAACUCUACAAUCAACAGACUCCUCCUUGAAAGAGCUGGACCUCAGUAACAAUGAUGUACAGGAUUCAGGAGUCGAGCUUCUUUCUGCUGGACUGAAGAGUUCAAGCUGUAAAUUGGAGAUACUCAGGUUGUCUGGAUGUAUGGUUACAAAUAAAGGCUGUUCUUCUCUGGCUUCAGCUAUGAAAUCAAACCCCUCCCACCUGAGAGAACUGGAUCUGACCUAUAAUCACCCAGGAGAGUCUGGAGUGAAGCUGCUCUCUAAUCUACUGAAGGAUCCACACUGUGCACUGGAGAAACUACAGGUGGAUCAUGGAGGGAAGAUCAGGAUGAAACCUGGAUUGAGGAAAUAUGCUGUUGAUCUCACUCUGGAUCGAAACACCAUGAACAGUAAUCUCUAUCUGUCUGAGAGGAACAGAAAGGUGAAUUGUUUGGAUAAGAAACAGUCGUAUCCAGAUCAUCCAGACAGAUUUGAUCGUUGUGCUCAGGUUCUGAGUGUGGAGAGUCUGACUGGACGCUGUUACUGGGAGGUUCAGUGGAGUGGAUGGGAUGCGGACAUAUCAGUAUCAUACAGAGGAAUCAAGAGGAAAGGACUUAGUGCUGACUGUGUGUUUGGAAAUAAUCAUCAGUCCUGGAGUCUGAACUGUUAUAAUAACAGAUAUUCUGUCAGAAACAAUAAACAGAAAACUGACCUACCAGCACCCCCCUCACCCUCUAACAGAGUAGGAGUGUAUCUGGACUGGGGGUCCGGCACACUGUCCUUUUACACCGUCUCCCCUAACACACACACACUGACCCACCUACACACACUUACCACCACAUUCACUGAACAACUCUAUGCUGGGUUUAGGGUUUAUGCUGACUCAUCAGUGCAGCUGUGUGUGAUAGAAUAACCUCUAUACAAUUUGUGUGUGUGUGUGUGUGUGUGUGUGUGUCUGUGUGUGUGUGUGUGUGUGUGUGUGUGUGUUUGUGACAUAUAUGGUGGAAAUGUUGUUCACAGUUUCAGUCUAAAGUGUUAUUGUUAAAAUUGACUCACAUAGACAAAUUUGUUGUGUGUUGCAAAAAUAUCUGCAAUGUUUAAAACUUAAGCUUACUCUGAAAAUAUGCGAAUGGGAAAAUAAUUUUGCAAACACAUUAGGUUUUAGUUUUUGGAAGACGAUUAUCUGUUGAAAGCUUUCUUUAACUUUUCAAGUAAAGGUGAGGUGAGGUGAGGUAUCUGUUAGCUGGCUAGAUUUUUACCAUCUGUGUUUCUAUAGCUUUUCUUAUACUUUUGUUUCAGUGAACAAAUGAAGGUAGCACUUUAUGAAAGCCAUAUUUGUAGAAAUAGUUAAAAAUGUGCUUAUAACUAUUUAUAGCUUGGUUGCAAUGCUUUGAGCAUGCUUAGAAACUUUAAUAAUCACCCAUAAGACUGUAAUAACAUACUGUAAUUAAACCUUUGGUCACAUAUAAGCAUGUUGUAACACAAGUGUUACUAUUUUUAUGCGUAUUAAAGAGAUAACGACCUGUAAAUAAUCAUAAAGCACAUAUAAUACUUACAAACAAUUAUAAACACAAACAAAUUGAAGUGAAAUUUUAGGUUAUUCACAUUUUAAUGUAAAAUAUGAUGUACUGUUUGUUUCUGUCAAUAUACACUAUGUAUAAUAUGUGUAGAUCUGUUGUUAUUGCAGGAUCAGCUGCACUUUGAUGUUAAUUACUUAUGUAUUAUGGUCAAAUGUUGACAUUGUUGGAUAGACAAAUCCUCAAAACAAUUGUGUUUACAGUUUUUUUUUUUUGAGAAAUUGAGAAAUCA